GUGUGCCAAUUCCGGGUCCUGACCUGACGGUCCCCUCAAGAGAUGUGUGCCAAUGCCGGCUCCGCUCUUCUCGGCUACCCGGCCGCACAACUGUGUGAUCGCCCCCAGAGAGGCGUCCUCUGAUGUCUGCACUCGCGUCUCAAAACUUGUGUGCCUUUCCCCCCAGGCAUGUCUGGGCUGUCCUCAGCCGGGGCUCCAGCCCCUAGCAAGUGCUAAGUCCAUGCAGAAAGGAAGAUGAAAAGACGGCAGACCAGUGUAUGGAUAGCCGAGAGGACGACUUGUCUACGGUGGCCAAGCAGGGGCAGGAAAGUGUCUUUGCAGGAGCGGGGAUUUGAGCUGAGGUUUAAAGAAGUAGGGUUAGAUAAUAGAAGUAGAAGGUAAUAGCCUAGCGAUGGGGAAUGGCAGGAAGUUACAGAGAAUUUGGGGCAAGGAAGUGAAGUGAUCAGAUGUCAUUAUUAAGAGUUAGCCUGGCAGGUGUAAGAUGAUGGCGUGGGGUGAUGGUACAUCAUGACAAGAGGGCUUUUGCGGUUGUGCAGGACAGAAGCUUUAAAACCUAAACCCGGAAAUGGUAGUGGAGAGAACUUGGAGAUCCUUUCCAGGAGGUCAGUUAUGGGUGUGAGAGGUUUGCAGGGAUUCGUGGGCAGUACCUGCCCACAUAUAUGUACAGUAGUGAAUUUCAAAGAACUGGCAGAACACCACCGAAGCAAGCAUCCUGGAUGUACUCCUACCAUUGUGGUUGAUGCCAUGUGUUGUCUCAGAUACUGGUACACUCCUGAAUCUUGGAUCUGCGGUGGCCAGUGGCGGGAAUACUUCUCUGCUUUGCGGGAUUUUGUUAAGACUUUUACAGCUGUUGGCAUCAGGUUGAUAUUCUUCUUUGAUGGCACGGUGGAGCAGGAUAAGAGAGAUGAGUGGGUGAAACGAAGACUAAAGAACAACAGGGAGAUCUCCAGGAUUUUCCAUUAUAUCAAGUCACAUAAGGAGCAGCCUGGCAGAAACAUGUUCUUCAUCCCCUCAGGGCUGGCCAUAUUUACGCGAUUUGCUUUGAAGAGCCUGGGUCAGGAAACUCUGUGUUCGUUGCAAGAGGCCGACUAUGAGGUGGCAUCUUAUGGCCUCCAGAAUAACUGUCUUGGUAUUCUUGGAGAAGACACCGACUACUUAAUCUAUGAUACCUGUCCCUACUUUUCAAUUAGUGAGCUCUGUCUGGACAGUCUCGAUACUGUCAUGCUCUGUAGAGAGAAGCUCUGUGAGAGUCUAGAUAUUAGCCUGGCAGACCUUCCUCUUCUGGCCUGCCUGCUUGGCAACGAUAUUAUUCCAGAAGGCAUGUUUGAAAGCUUUCGGUACAAGUGCUUGUCUUCCUAUACCUCUGUAAAGGAGAACUUUGACAAAAAAGGGAACAUCAUCUUAGCUGUAGCAGACCAUAUAUCUAAAGUUCUUCGCUUGCAUCAAGGUGAAAAAAAGCUAGAAGAGAUGUUACCUUUGGGACCAAACAAAGCUCUUUUUUAUAAGGGUGUGGCAUCAUAUCUUUUGCCAGGACAGAAAUCUCCAUGGUUUUUCCAAAAACCUAAGGGUUUAGUAACUUUGGACAAGGAGGUGGGAUCCAUGAGUUCAGCCCCUGAAUCUAAGCAAGAAGUUCCCAUGUGUACAGACCCCGAAUCCAAGCAAGGAGUUCCCCUGUGUACAGACCCUGAUUCCAAGCAAGGAAUUCCCAUGUGUACCGACCCUGAAUCCAAACAAGGAGUUCCCAUGUGGACAGAUCCUGAAUCCAAGCAAGGAGUUCCCGUGUGGACAGAUCCUGAAUCCAAGCAAGGAGUUCCUGUGUGUACAGAUCCUGAGUCCAAACAAGGAGUUCCUGUUUCUACAGACCCUGAUUCCAAGCAGGCAGUUCCCAUGUGUAUAGAUCCUGGCUCCAAGGAAGGAUUCUUCCUGUGUACACAUCCUGAAUCCAAGCAAGGAGUUCCCAUGUGUACACAUCCUGAAUUCAAGCAAGGAGAUCCUGUGUGUACACACCCUGAAUCCACGCAAGGAGAUCCUGUGUGUACAUACCCUGAAUCCAAGCAAGGAGUUCCCAUGUAUGCAUACUCUGAAUACAGGCAAGGAGUUCCUAUGUGUACAUACUCUGAAUCCAAGCAAGGAGUUCCCAUGUGUACACACACUGAAUUCAAGCAAAAAUCACCUCUGGGUGCAGACCCUGAAUUUAAGCUAGAAGCACCUAUAUGUACAAACCCUGGAAUUAAACAAGAAGACCUUGUGAAUAUGGAGCCUGAAAUGAAACAACAAGUAACCAUGGUUUCAGACCCUGAAAUCUUAAAGAUUGCUAGAGCACAUCACGUCCAGGCAGAGAGCUACCUGGUGUACAACAUCAUGAGCAGCGGGGAGAUCGAAUGCAGCAACACCUUGGAGGACGCGCUGGACCAGGCUCUGCCCAGCCAGGCUUUCGUCUACCGCCCCGUGCGCCAGCGCGUUUACUCCCUCCUGCUGGGGGGCGGCGAAGAUGGCGCCAGCACCUGCCCCACUGUCAAGGAGUGGUUUGUGUACUCUGGGAACCCACUGAGGCACCCGGACCUCGUCAGGCCUCUGCAGAUGAACAUUCCAGGGGGAACCCCUAACUUGAAAUUACUGUGGCUGAACCAAGACGCAGGGAUACAAGCCCGGCGCUUGGACGCGCUGCUAGGCUGCUUCGACCUCUCCUCUUCAAGAGAAGAGCUGCAGGCAGUGGAGAAUCCCUUCAAAGCGCUGUGCUGCCUCCUGACCUACCUCUUCGUGCAGGUGGACACGCUUUGCCUGGAGGAUCUGCAUGCUUUCAUUGCUCAGGCCUUGUGCCUCCAAGGAAAACCAACUGUGCAGCUCGUAGACUUACAGCUUGACUACAUCGACGCCCGAGCCGUGCAGCUUGGCUCCCUGCUGGUCCGCGGCCUUACCACUUUGGUCUUGGUCAACAGCGCGUGCGGCUUCCCCUGGAGGAUGAGUGACUUCAUGCCCUGGAACGUGUUUGACGGGAAGCUCUUCCAUCAGAAGUACCUGCAGUCAGAGAAGGGGUGCACCGUGGAGGCUCUGGUGGAACAAAACAGGUCCCGGCUGACCAAGUUCCACGCGCUGAAGUCGGUCGUGUGCAAGGCCUGCAUGAGGGAGAACCGGCGCAUCGUCAGCAGGCAGCACUGGCACUCCCCCCAGCCAGGCAGGUGGGGGAGGCAGGGAUCCGGCUCCCACAGGACGAGCUCCGGGUACAGCCGGGCAGGCCAAGGACAGCACUGGAGGGAUCAGGGUCCAGGAAAUAGACAGUAUGAGCCUGACCAUUGGAGAAGAUACUCCUCUUCCGGUCAACAGAUGGGAACAACCCCAGUGUCCAUCGGCAGAGAAGUGGCUCCUUACUUGGCAGCUCUGCGGACAGGCUGCACCCCCGAGAAGUCGGUGGGGCAAGUCCUAGGAGCAGCCUCAAGCUUGGCUCCUGUCCCCACGGCCCAGCCUCUGGACACCUGGACUCCAGGAGAGCCCCCGCGUGGAGUGCGAUGGGGAAUGCCACGGAAGGCAGCCCAAGCCAGCAGCCUUCCUGUCUCCAACACACCCGGCCAGCCGCCUCGCAGAUGGCAGUGAGAAGCUGGUGGUCCAACUGACGCCCACCAGCUGGAAGAGGACAGACCCGCUCGCAGGUGAAGAAGGAAUCAUUGUAAACGUAGACAUUGAGCAUAAAGCCAGUACAGUACAUCUUGCUUGCCUACAGCCAAGACCUAGAACGAGAUUGCUGUAUUUCACCCAUUACGGGCACACAGUACAGACAUGUUGAGUGAGGUGACCUGAACGUGGUAUGUGUUUUUAACUCCACUCUACUGUGCCGUUUACGUGGCACCAGGCAGCCAGGCGGAGCUGAGGGCGUGUGAAGAACUGCCUGCUGCCUCCCAGAAGCUUUGCUGUGGCUCCACCCCAAGUGCGGAGAUUCCCUGUAGUCUCUGACAGCUUGUAAAUGUACAGACCUUCGUGGGGAGAACGGAGAAACCAAGAACGCCUGCGUCAUCGAGGCCCUGCUCUGCGUGAAUCUGCACAGCAUGGGCCACAGUAUCUCCCGAGACAGGGAAGCCAACCCGGAAAGGACUGCGUAGCUUCAGGCAGCCGCCCUUGAGUCCCUUAUGCUUGGGUUACACGUGCAGUCGCAAGUUGCUUCCUGAGUGGUUGGCCCGGGCCUGGGAUGUGCAGGCCCUUGUGAAAGUUCACUGUGGUCCUCACGGCACAGCUGAGGUCUCUGUGGUCACUUCAAGAGUGCUCAGUUGGUGAGUGGGAAAGACUGUUUUGUGGUUACCAUUGUGUUCCAGGGAAUAUGGCCGGACCACCCUCGUGUGAAGGACACAUCUGAGAACAGGCAGCACAGGGAGCCCAGCGGCUCCCACGGGACUGGGACGUGGGGCCCCGUCUCACGUGCUUGGUUCAGCAGCGGUAGGGAUGGUGUGGUUGGUUGGGCUCAUCCGCUCUCCUUUGUGUUGUGACGCUGAUCUGUAAUACGCAUUUCGCUCUACCAGUUACCAGUGGUUAGUCUGCUGUUACAACAAGUGAAGACCCACUUCUUUGUCCCGGUUCUCAUUUGGCCCUGUUGUCGAAGUUCUACAGCUGGAAAGGCCUUGGGCACCGGACAUAGUCUGGCCAGGUCUCCUAUGGGCUCUGUACCGCCCCUUCUCAAAUGUAAGUCUGUACACCCGUGAGAGGAAAAAGAAAGUGGUGAUUCCUGAGUCAAUCUAUUAAUUGUUAUUCUCAUGUUGUUUAAAUAUGUGCAAACAUGCAUCAGGGUCCUUAAUGCUCAGAGCUCUUUCUUAAUGCAGCUUUCAUUCCAACACGUCAUUUAAAUAAACUGAAACUAGAUUCUGA